AUGGGACAGAGUCUUUCCUCUUCAACAAACAACCAAGAUCAAGAUGGAGAUGUUAUAAUGGUUGACGAUUCAGAGACAAGCGUUGAGGGUGCUAAUGGUUCAGAAUACACAUAUAAUAGUCAAACUGGUCCCACGACGUCUUUACGACGGCCACGUCUACAAUCCAACGUAGCCGUUUCCGAAAAUCGGACUCAACCUCCACAAUCUUCAACUUCAACACAAAAUGGCUCACCUAGGGUUUUGCGCAUGACACCGGCUAGACGCAGGCGACAGCUUUCCAAUCUUUAUCCAUUUUUUCCUUCCGCAACAACUUCCAAUCAAACACAAGUUCCACUUAGCAGACCACUCACCCGUCUUCAACGACUUCAUCACAAUUCAGUUGAUGAUGUGUCGUUAACACCCAGACAAACAGAUGCAAUAUCUCCCAAUAUGAUACGACGAAGUCGCACAAGAUCUUCUAGCUAUAAUGGGCACGAUGCUGAUACGUUGAAUGGGUUAGAUGCUAAUAAUUCCAAUAAUCGCCAUUCGUUGCCAACAGUAGAAACAGUGUUUGACGUGCGGCGUCCUCGAUCUAAUUCAGUGGACGUAAUCCUGAAUGGAAAUUUGGAUGAGGAUAUGAGAUCAAGUCUUCGUGUCUCUGAUCGCCCGCGUCGAUCUAGUACUAAUCGCGGAUCAUCGUCUCGUCCUUAUUCAUCGUAUACAUCAUUACCCAAUGCAUCCGAUACUAGCCCAAAUUCAUCCACUGCUGGUACUCAAACAGAUUCUUCGACAGCAUCUCCACAACGUUUGAGACGAAGGCUAACUAGAAUUUCUGCACGAAGAUUAUUUAAUGUGGGGGGGGCUGAUUCUGAAAGCAAUAAUAAUUCUAAUAACAACAUCGAAGAUAAUGAUGCAGAAAACCAGGUUCUAGGCCGUUUAUUAUCUAUGGCAGCGGCGGCAACUGCGCGAUCGCUUGUUGAAAGCCAAGAAAAUGCGGUAAUUGAAGCCGAACGCGCUGCCAGUGAGGGUCAUGAUGGAAGUUUUGAAAGUUUCUUGGCUGCUUUACAGAGAAGACGCCGUGAAGCUUCUAAUAGACCUUCAAAUCAGACAUCAUCUUCGACAUCUGAAGAACAAGCUUCAUCUGAUGGAAAUACAUCUAAUUCACAGUCAUCUCAACCAAUGUCAUUUUUUCGCUUGUUUCGAUUUGGUGGGCCUCGUGCUUCUUCAUCACAACAAAACCCAACUACUGAAACCAUGUCAGAUCAGUCUUCAUCUACAACAGUAAAUGAACUUCCUAAUAAUGAAAGUAAUGGACCACAUAUGGUUCCUGUUAUCAUUAUUGGCAUCCGAAGUGUUCCUCCCAGGGAAGACCCUACGAGUACUCUUCCUCAAUCGCAACAGCCCGAAAACAAUAGCUCGACUAAUGACACACGGUAUUCAUCUGGAAAUCGAUCUACCAGAGCUCGUUCUUCUUUAGCUUCAAAUAGAAAUAUGUCUGGAUCUACCGCAUCCACUGGAACUCAAACACCUCCUGCACGUUCAUGGAUUAUUUACGUUUUAGGUGGUACAUAUCCUUCUACCCAUCCUCUCCUAACUACUCCAUCGUUAUUUUCUGAUAAUCCCACUUAUGAAGAUAUGGUGCUGUUAUCGUCUCUUAUUGGACCAGCUCGACCUCCAACUACUACACAAAGUGAGAUAGAUGCUAACUUACCUGUCGCAUUAUAUAAUGAGAGUAUUGGUGGUCUUAGUGAAUAUACCCUUUUGGGCAAUGCCGAAAAGUGCCAAGUCUGUUUGUGCGAUUAUGUUACAGACGAAGAAGUAAGGGUUCUGAAUUGUCGACAUGGGUUUCAUCGGGAAUGCAUUGACAAGUGGCUCACUGAGGGAUCUAAUAAAUGUCCUAUCUGCAGAGGUAUAGGUGUUCCAUCUCGUGAAAAUGAAGUCAACAAUAAUAAUUCUAUUCCAACUACUACAUCAGGGCUAGGGCCCAUGGGCCCUUUCUUUUAG